AUGUUUCGUCUAGUGGUUGCCUUGAGUGUUUUGUGUCUUGCAUCAGCAAAUUCUGAUCCAAACGAGGAUAGAAUUGUCAAUGGCAGAACAGCUAGUAUCAACGAGCUUCCCUAUCAAGUUUCUAUUCAGCAAUAUUCACAACAUUUCUGUGGAGGAACUAUUAUAUCGCCAACAACAGUCUUAUCAGCUGCUCAUUGUACAAUUAGCAUUGUUACAAAAGGUCAGGAGGAUACUUGUCAAGUUCGGGUUGGUUCAUCAAAUUGGAAAUCCGGUGGUGUUACGAGGAAGAUCAAAUAUAUCGUUAAUCAUCCAGGAUAUGACGCUAAAACAAAUGUGAAUGAUGUCUCAAUCUUAGCUCUAGUUUCGCCUCUUGUGUAUAGUGCUAGUAUAAAACCAGCAAAACUUUGUGCCAAUUUAUUGGAUAACAAUACACCUGUCGAUGUUAGUGGAUGGGGAAGAUUACAAGAAGGUGGUAAGGAACUUCCAACAAAUCUGCAAGCUGUUACUAUCAGAAUGAUGAAUGGUGCUACAUGUGCCAGUCGACAAUUCGGUUAUGGAGCAGCAAUUAAGGAGUCAAUGAUUUGUGCAUAUGCACCUAAUCAAGAUUCAUGUCAAGGAGAUUCUGGAGGUCCUCUUGUUGAAGCAGAAACCUCGAACAUGGUAGGAAUUGUGUCUUGGGGAGCCGGAUGUGCACAAGCUGGUAUGCCUGGUGUUUAUGCUGACGUUUCUUAUCCAGGAAUUCGUUCAUUUAUUACUCAAUAUUGCCCAAGUGCAAAUUAUAUUUAUUGUUAA